CCCGCUUUUCGGGUCGCGACUAGGAGGCGCCGCGCUGCCCACUGAGCCCCGACACUCGCCCCAUGGACGCCGCGCUCCUCCUCGCUCUCGGGCUGCUGGCCCAGGGCCUGGGCCUGUCUCUGGGGGUCCCCGGGUCCCCGAGUCCCAGCACCCUGUACCCCUGGCAUCGGGCGCCUGGCUCGGGUCGCAUGCGGAGAGCCUGGGUCAUCCCCCCGAUCAGCGUGUCCGAGAAUUACAAGCGCAUCCCCUACGCCCUGGUGCAGAUCAAGUCCGACAAGCAGCCGCUGGGCAGCGUCAUCUACAGCAUCCAGGGCCCCGGCGUGGACGAGGAGCCUCGCGGCGUCUUCUCCAUCGACAGGUUCACUGGAAAGGUCUCCCUGAACGCCAUGCUGGACCGCGAGAAGACCGACCGCUUCAGGCUACGGGCCUUUGCCCUGGACCUGGGAGGGUCCACCCUGGAGGACCCCACGGACCUGGAGAUCGUGGUUGUGGAUCAGAACGACAACCGGCCCGUCUUCCGGGAGGAGGUGUUCACCGGGCGCGUGCUGGAGGGUGCUGCCCCAGGCACCUACGUGACCCGGGCAGAGGCCACGGACGCCGAUGACCCCGAAACGGACAACGCGGCGCUGCGGUACUCCAUUGUGGCGCAGGGGGACCCCGAGCUCUUCAGCAUCGACGAGCUCACAGGCGAGAUCCGCACGGUGCAAGUGGGGCUGGACCGCGAGGUGGUCGCCGUGUACAACCUGACCCUGCAGGUGGCCGACAUGUCUGGAGACGGCCUCACCGCCACAGCCUGUGCCCUCAUCACCCUCGACGACAUCAACGAUCACGCACCUGAGUUCACCAGGGACGAGUUUUUCUUGGAGGCGGUGGAGGCCGUGAGCGGUGUGGACGUGGGCCGGCUCGAGGUGGAGGAUGACGACCUGCCGGGCUCCCCCAACUGGGCGGCCAGGUUCUCCAUCCUGGAGGGCGACCCCGACGGGCACUUCACAAUCCGCACAGACCCCAAGACUAACGCAGGCAUCCUGUCCGUGGCAAAGCCCCUGGACCACGAGAGCCGCGAGCUCCACCGGCUCCGCGUGUCGGUGCAGAACAUGGCUCCGCUGCAUGCGGCUGCCCCCAGAGCCAGACGGGGCCAGGCCACGGUCAGCGUGCGGGUGCAGGACACCAACGAGGCCCCCGUGUUCCAGGAGAACCCGCUUCGGACCAGCGUGGCCGAGGGGACAGCCCCAGGGACCCCCGUGGCCACCUUCUCUGCCCGAGACCCUGACACGCAACAGCUACAGAGGCUCAGCUACUUCAAGGACUACGACCCCGAGGACUGGCUGCAGGUGGACGGGGCCACGGGCCGGAUCCAGACCCAGCGUGUGCUCAGCCCAUCCUCGCCCUUCCUCAAGGACGGCUGGUACCGGGCCAUCAUCCUGGCCAGCGACGACGCCUCCCCACCGCGCACGGCCACCGGCACCCUGUCCAUCGAGAUCCUGGAGGUCAACGACCACGCCCCGGUGCUGAGCCCGCCGGCUGGCAGCCUGUGCAGCGAGCCGGACCUGGGCGCCGGCCUCCUCCUGGGCGCCACCGACGAGGAUCUGCCCCCCCACGGGGCCCCCUUCCACUUCCAGCUGAGCCCCGGCGUCCCAGCGCUGGCCCGGAACUGGAGCGUCAGCCGGGUUAACGGGAGCCACGCGCGGUUGCGGCCGCGGCAGCGGGUCGCGGAGGGUCUGCACGGCCUCAGCCUGCUGCUCCGGGACUCGGGACAGCCGCCCCAGCAGCGCCAGCAGCCCCUGAACGUGAGCGUCUGCCGCUGCGGCCAGGACGGCGCCUGCCUGCCGGGGAGCGCGGCGCGCCGGGCCGGGGGCGCGGGCCUCAGCCUGGGCGCGCUGGUCAUCGCGCUGGCCAGUGGGGGCCUGCUGCUGCUGCUCGUCCUCCUGGCUGCCCUCCUCGGGCGGUUUCGCCGGCGGCCUCUGGACAAGGCCUUGCUGCACGGGCUGCAGGACGACCCACGGGACAACGUUCUCGACUACCACGAGCAGGGGGGCGGGGAGGAGGACCAGGAUGCCUACGACAUAAACCAGCUGCGCCACCCCACAGAGCUGACGGCCCUGGGGGUCCCUCUGGGGCGGCCACCACAGCGCCGUGACGCCCCGUAUGGCCACAUGCCCCCCCAGCCACCCCGAGUGCUGCCCAGCAGUCCGGCUGACAUCGCCGACUUCAUCAGCGAGGGCCUGGAGGCUGCAGACGGUGACCCCAGCGUCCCACCCUAUGACACGGCCCUCAUCUACGACUACGAAGGGGACGGCUCCGUGGCAGGGACGCUGAGCUCCAUUCUGUCCAGCCUGGGUGACGAAGACCAGGACUACGACUACCUCCAAGGAUGGGGCCCCCGCUUCACCCGACUGGCGGACAUGUACGGCCACUCCUGAGGGCGGCAGGCUGACGGGCCCUGGGGACAGCACCUGGCGGCAGCCCUCCCAGGCCCAGGCUGUGAGCCAAAGAGCUGGGGAGCACCAUCUCCCAGCCACAGGCACACGUGACCCUGGGGCCCCUGCUGGACACCCAAGCACCAAAGGCACCCAGCCAGCCCCUGCGGGAACAGGCCUUGUACCCCUGGCUGGAGCCAGACCACAUGCUGGGGUCAGUUCUUGGAACCGUGGAGACAGGGCAGCCAGAAAGAGGUGCCCGUCCGGCCUGCGUGGGGGCCACGGCCUUGAGGGCCAGCAGCCCCACUCUCAGCUGCUCGGGGCACGCCGCCCCACUCCCACCUCUGCCCCCCCCACCC